AUGGACUCCAAGGACAAGAAACCUGAUUCUUCAUCUUCAGCCGAACCGCCUGACACUAUGACUCUACAUCAACUAAAGGACAUGCUAUCUAAAGGAGUUGAAUCAUCAGAUACCGAGGAGAGACUCAAUCAACUCGUUCAUUGGAGAAUACAAGAGUACAACCAGAACAAAUGGGAGUCCCUCUCUGACAUCUUUGCUGAGGAAUUUGAACUAUUCGCCAAAGAGGACUUUAAAAAGCUUACCAAAGACAAUAUCUGUGGCUUACGAGACUGCCUACGGACCAACGGAGUCUAUGUUCAAAAAGGGAGAGGGAUUUCCAUAGCCCAAGCACUGGCAAAUGUGGUUCAGGAAGAUAUCCCAUGGCCACCGAACGACCCAUGGCCACCGAACGACGAAGAACAGAAUACUACUCCGAUUCUCCCUCCAACCCCAAGCGACGGCCCUCCACGUCAGCCUCAGAAACAGCCAAUGCAGCCAAUUCAGCAACAACAGCCUGAGGAUAACCAAGUCAUUCAAGAUAGCAGCCCUAUCAACACGAGCCAACUCUCUGCGGUUUCACGUCCGCGCACCAUAUCGACUCUCAGAGAGCCUACUUUCUCGCUCAGCAAUCUCGAUCCACCUUUCGCCUCCCAGCAUACUCAUUUUCUCGCUCCACUUUUCGCCUCCCAGCAUGCUCAUUUUCUCGCCUCUUGGCUCGCCUCUCCGCUCGGCUACAUUCGUGAUACGGAGAAGCGGAAGGCUACAGGCCAAGGAUAG